AUGGCUUUCCUAUUCAAGUCAAGACACAAAACGCCUCAUGAUAUAGUGAAACUGGUCAAAGAUGCCAUUGCAAAAUUGGAUGGAGUAGAAAAGAAAAAGGCGAAUGAAGACAUAUCUAAAAACCUAGCGACAAUGAAGGCUAUUCUUUAUGGAGAAGGAGAAAAUGAUCCUGUUCCAGAAACGGUUGCUCAGUUGGCCCAAGAAGUAUAUAACAAUGAUUUAUUACAAUUGCUGGUCUUAAACAUCUGGAGAUUCGAGUUUGAGGCAAAGAAAGAUGUGUCUCAAAUAUCCAACAACCUUUUACGUCGUCAAGUUGGAUCCCUAACACCAACAGUAGAUUAUCUCAACAACCGACCGGAAAUUUUAUUCACACUGUUAAAAGGAUACGAAAACCAAGAGACAGCAUUAAUCUGCGGUCUGAUCCUAAAAGAAUGUCUUCGACAUGAAUCGCUGUCAAAGAUCAUUAUGUAUUCUCAACAGUUUUAUAAUUUCUUCGAGUAUGUGGAAGUCAGCAAUUUUGAUAUUGCAACAGAUGCAUUUGCCAAUUUCAAGGAGUUAAUGACAAAACACAAGACACUAGUUACGGAAUUCUUAGAGAAUAAUUACGAAAAGUUUUUCGAGCAUUACAAGAAAUGGCUGAUAUCGAAUAACUAUGUAACAAAGCGUCAAUCGCUCAAGUUACUCGGAGAAAUUUUAUUAGAUCGUAGUAAUUUCAACGUAAUGACACGUUACAUUGCUGACCCUGAAAAUCUCAAGUUGAUGAUGAAUCUUCUCAAGGAACCGAGCCGCAAUAUUCAAUUUGAAGCGUUUCAUGUCUUUAAGGUUGAGUAG